CUAAAGUUGCAUAAACAAGAAAUCGGUAGAACUUGCGUAGCAUUCGUGAAACUUCUUAGCCUUGUUUUCCAUAUUUCAUCUUCUAGAAACAAUCAGAAGUUCAGAAUGUCGAUUGCUCGACAGCUCGGGAAGUCGCUCCGUCCACUGCUGCAGUCGAGAAUUGCAACCUGUGCAUCGGAAGCGUCUUAUCACAAAAAUGUCAUCGACCACUACGAAAACCCAAGGAACGUGGGUUCUAUGGAUAAGAACGAUGAUUCUGUUGGAACUGGUCUUGUUGGCGCCCCAGCAUGUGGUGAUGUCAUGAAACUUCAGGUCAAAGUUGACGAGAAUGGAAAGAUUGUUGAUGCAAAGUUCAAAACGUUUGGCUGUGGAUCUGCAAUAGCAUCAAGCUCUCUGGCAACAGAAUGGGUCAAGGGAAAAUCGGUUGACGAUGCACUGAAAAUCAAGAACACAGACAUCGCUAAAGAACUCUGUCUUCCUCCAGUCAAGCUCCAUUGCUCAAUGUUAGCUGAAGAUGCCAUCAGAGCAGCUUUGUCAAACUACAAGGUGAAGAGAGAGGGAAAAGCCAAGGCACAGGUGGCCAUUUAAAUCAGAGAACGACUUGACGUCACAGAGCAGUUAAUCGUUGUGGCAGUGCAAAAGCUUUGCAUCUCUUAAAAUCGUAUUUAUCUUAAAAACACA